AUGUCAGAAAUGAGGAAAUUGAACGGCAGAGUUGAUGGACACCAAAACCCAACCUGUGCCAUCAGGGAGGCUGUUUUUUUUGUGGAGGUGACUCUGCUGGAAAAUUACUGCCUGCGUGCAGUGAGUGUGGGCCUGGGGCGGUACAGGGGCAGUAUAAAAGCAGGUCCUUCUUCUCACUCUCUCAUCCACUCCUCUCGCCUCCAUCUCCUCAGGAACAAGGUGCAUCUCCAGCCCCAAGCCAUGUCCUGCUACAACACCUGCCUGCCCUGCCAGCCCUGCGGCCCGACCCCACUGGCCAACAGCUGCAAUGAGCCCUGUACCCUGCAGUGCCAGGACUCCAGGGUUGUCAUCCAGCCCUCUCCCGUGGUGGUGACCCUGCCCGGACCCAUCCUCAGCUCCUUCCCUCAGAACACAGCCGUUGGAUCCUCCACCGGCGCUGCUGUUGGCAGCAUCCUCAGUGAUGCGGGAGUGCCCAUCAACUCUGGGGGCUUCGGCCUCUCCGGCUUGUCCGGCUUCGGUGGCCGCUACUGUGGAAGGAGAUGCUUCCCCUGCUAAAGCUGCUGCCUGCAGUGAGAUCUCCGCUCACAUCGGCCUCGUUUCCCUCCUUUGACUCAUUAAAGUUCUGAUGCAUCCCAGCCUGUGCUACUGUCUCAUCCUUUCCCCUGCAGGUGCCCUCCCAGGAUGUCCAGAGAAGGUGAUGUCACUCAUGGAUGGUUCUGGGAGGGGUUUUUUGGGGAUGGUUUUGCAGUGAUUGUCAGCACAGGCUUGUGUGGAUUGUGCCAUGUCAUGUAUCGAGUGAUCCUCUUGUUGUUGGAAUUGUCACCCCAAAAGAGAUCGGGAUGAAUUUUCCCCAUUUCACUCAGUGACAACUGUCCACUUCAUUGGGUGCAGGGGUUCUUUACCCUCAUAAAAUUCAACAUGGUGACACAAGUUGUCAUGUGGGAAUGUGGGAUUUACAGGACACAGGCACUGUCUUCCCAGGAAAGGCCGGAGAACCCAUCCUGACCAUAGCAUUGUCCAAGGGAGGAACACCAGGCAGUGGCCUUAUCUCUAACUCCACCUCUUCUGGGCAGCUCUCCUUCAAUUCAUCCUCCAAUCUGUAUUGAUAUUGGGUACUGUUCCGACCCAGGUGCCCUUGCACUUGUCUUUGCUAAAGUUGCUGAGGGUCGCAAGGGACCAUUCCUCAGGCCUGCUACAAUCCCUCUGGAUUGCAUCCCAUCCUUCAAGUGUAUCAGCUGUACCCUCAGCCUGGAGUCAUGCACAGACUUGAUGACGGUGUGCUGAAUCCCACUAUCUCUGUCCUUCAUGAAGAUUUUAAACAACAUUUGUGUCAGUAUGGAACCAUGGAGGACACCACUCAUCACUGGUGUCCUCUAGGACUUCGAGCCUCUGACUCGGUUUGGAUAUUGCCAAAGUGUCUUUGGUUUACUGUCACUUGCAGGUGAACAAGGCAACCAUGACUCCAGCAGAGCCCCUGGCAACCAGGUACAGCUUUGCUGAGCUUCUGCCCAAACGUGCCCUAUUGGCCUCCACGACUAUGGUGCAGAAGAGGUGGUGUGUCCACUGCUGAUGCUGGUUGAGCAUCAUGGGUUGUGAAGAGCCCUGGGCAGGCAGCAGCCCCAAAGGAAGGGUCCAAGAGCAGGGACAAAGAAAUGAGAAGAGAAAGACAAAUUCCUCUUGCCCUGGAAGUCCUUGUGCUGGAGGACGAGACGUGAACAGAAAAUGUCCACUUAGGAGAUCGGGAAAGACACCGUGGGAGGCAGGCUGCACCAGAGGGAACUGUCUUCAUAGCAGCCCAUGUGGUGCUGUGGCAAGAACAGUGCAGGUGACACAUCAAAGCUUUUGCUCUUGUUGCAUGGGGUUUGAACAGUCAAGGCCAUCUCUUCUUCUCAAUCUGCAUCCCUCAAAGAGGAGGCAAGCGCCUGGAAGGGGACACAACGAGGAUGGGUGACCUAAACCAAUAAAAGGGCAAUUCCCUGUCAUAGAACAUCACACUCAGCAGUGAACAGUGGUUGAGUGGGUUGUCAUUUAAACUGGCCGCUCACACUCAGUGGGUGAGUUGAUGGUCUGUCAAACCGGCCACUCUUUGGAGACCACAUCUUGGUCUGCUUCUGUGAGGUGGUGGGUGAUUGCCUUUGCGCCUCCUGGGUUUUUUUUCUCUUUUGUCCCUUCCCUUCACAGACU